GAGUGAAUUCGAUGACGUAACUUUGCUGCAUGUGCGCAGUUUUCCACAAAAUAUGUCUUUUUAUUUGACUUUUUUAUAUUCGCAAAAUAACUGUUUGAAAUAAGUGAAACUCUAAACUUUAAAAGGAAACAUUAUCAUCUCAGGGGAAGGACUUCCUUGACCAAAGGUCAGAAACCAACACUAGAGAUCAGUAUGCGCUUCCUGCUGCUGUUCAGUCGUCAGGGGAAGAUGCGGCUGCAGAAGUGGUUCAUGCCACUGACGGAGCGAGAGAAGAAGAAAGUCAUGCGGGACAUGAUGAUGUUAGUGUUGGCUCGUCCACCGCGCUCUAGCAACUUCCUCCAGUGGAGAGACCUGAAGAUUGUUUACAAGAGAUACGCCAGCUUGUACUUCUGUGCUGCACUGGAGGAGCACGACAACGAGCUGCUGGCCCUCGAGGUGCUGCACAGAUAUGUGGAGCUGCUGGAUAAAUACUUUGGCAACGUGUGUGAGCUGGACAUCAUUUUCAACUUUGAGAAGGCUUACUUCAUCCUGGAUGAAUUCCUCAUGGGAGGAGAAGUCCUGGAAACGUCUAAAAUAGCCGUGGGCGUCUCGAUGGAGGAGGCCGACACGCUGCAGGAGCAGACGAUGGAGGAGUACAUGAGCAAACCGGCCUACUGAGCCAAGACACGCGGAGGAUUUCAACUGACUAAUCAUGACUCGUCACAAAGCUGCACACACACACACACACACACACACACACACACACACGACACAUGCUUCUGAAGAGUUUUUAAACUUUGUUUUUGAUUUUUGUUGUUAUGCUGCCUCUGUGAACUGAGAUCUGUGAAGCAAUACUAUCAGACCUGACUGAGGGAGCGCUUGUGUGUAUACAGCAGCAGAGCAGAGUGUUAUCAAACGACAGUAGAAUUCACCUCCACAGACUGACAGAUGCUAACUGUGGCUAUCCUGAGAUUCGUUUGCGCUCAGGUUUUUUUUUCCCACUUCUCAACUGGAAUGCUAUGAACUCGGGUUUGACGUCACGGCCACUUCCCACUUCCGAGUUGUGAUGUAAAUGGAACAGAGUAUUUUCCCAUGAAACUGCUGAACGAACAGCAGAAUUCAUGUUCUUGUGUACGACCUGUUUGCGACCGUCUCACUUUAGUAGCACAAUGUAAUGUGAGCAGCUGACGUCAUCACGUGUGAAUGUAACACACACAUGUUCAUACUUCUCAGAGUCGGCGAGUGGAGAUAUGAAAUGUUCAUGGCAGGCAAAGGCAUAUGUACCUUUUUUGUGUUUGUAAUUGUUUAAAUGAAGAAACACGACACAGUAAGGAAAAAUAAAGUCAAUGCUUUAUUAA